AUGAUCCGCGAGAAGAGACUCCGCUACAAACUCUCUCUUCCUGAAGAAUCGAAAAUGAAGUUUUCUCUUGUCGCAUUCGCUCUCGCCUCGACCGCGUCGGCCAUCUGCCACAACUCCAUUGCCUGCCUCACUGGCGGCAACGAAAUGUGCAGCAAGGUGUGCGCCCGGCAGGGCAACCCCAGCGGCGGCCGCUGCGCGCCCCGUGACGGCUGCCCCGGCUACACCAUCUGCGCGUGCUACCCUAAGAAGAAGCGCGGCGACGAUGGCUAUGCCAUGGUUGAUGCCGAGGAGCAGCUGUGGGAGGAGGAAGUCAAGGCCGGCAUCGCGCCGUACGUCGACGGCGAGGAUCUUGAGAAGCGCGAGGUGCGCGAGGCGGCCGUUGAGGCGGCCCUCCGCGACAUCGCAGACAGCAGCGUCGAGGCCCGCGAGGAGGCUCCGCUCACGGCGCGCAGCUUCUGCUGCAGCCUGGUUCCGCCGGCGAGCGGCCUGUGCUGUGAUAACCACUGCACUUACAUUGGAAAGCCGGGUGGUCAGUGCCAGGACAAGGGCCACGGCGAUGUGUGCUACUGCAACUAG